AUGAACAGUGGAAUCUGUGUGUGUGUGUUCCUCGUGGUUCUCUCCUCGGGCUGCACCGGCAGACUCAUCAACGGGUCUGAUGAUGAUAGUCCAGUCGGCAGUGAGCUGAAGCAAAGCGUCGACAUGCACCAAAGGCAACUUCGGGAAGCCCAGUCCACUGACCAUGUGAAACCAUUCCAGAACAGCGAGCAGAGAGCCAACUUGGGAGCCCUGCUCACACAAUACCUUCAACAAGUCAGGAAAGGUUCUUUGGGUAGAGGCACCCUCGUGGGAACCAAAUUGCAGAACCUGGAUCCCUCCCACAGGAUAAACGAUCGGGAUUACGUGGGAUGGAUGGAUUUCGGCCGGCGUAGUGCUGAAGAAUAUGAAUAUUCAGCGUAA